AUGUCAGCUUCAACAGCAACUAGAAAAUCUGAAAUAUUAGCAGAUGAUGUACUGGCACAGCUUGAUGCUGCAAUUCAGAGUGCACCAUGCAUAUCUUUGGCCAUUGAUGAGUCUACAGAUGUUACUGAUAAUGCCCAGCUUUUGGUGUAUGUGAGAUUUUGUAACAAAGAUAAGAAGGAGAUCUGUGAGGACCUGCUGGGUGUAACACCACUGGAAACACACACAAGAGGAGAGGACAUAUAUGCAGCAAUAAAAGAGAUGCUGAGGAAGAGGGGCAUAGAUCUGAAGCAGGUUGUCUCUGUCACCACAGAUGGUGCUCCUGCCAUGAUUGGAAAAGAGAGGGGGGCUGUGUCCCGGAUGAAAGAGGACAACCCAGAUCUUCUUGCAUACCACUGUCUCAUCCAUCAGACUGUUCUGUGUGCCACUCUAUCACAACAUUUUGCUGAAGUAAUGAACACAGUGAUGAAACUCAUCAACUUCCUUAGGGCAUCCUCAUCCCUUCAGCAUCGCCUCCUGAGAGAAUUCCUGGCAGAUGUUGAGGCAAAUGCCAAUGACCUGCUACUGCACAACAAUGUGAGGUGGCUGAGCAAAGGAAAUGCACUGGGACGUUUCUGGUCUGUUCGAGAAGAAAUUGCAGCUUUCUUAGAGCAGGUCAAGAGUCAGAGAGCAACACAGUUUUCACUUUUUCUGCAAGAUGAGCACAAGAUGAACAUGGUUGCCUUUUUGGUUGACAUUACAUCACAUCUUAAUGAGCUCAAUGUAAAGCUGCAGGGCCAGAACAACACAGUUGCUGAUUUGAUGACAGCUAUUCGCUCUUUCCAGAGGAAGCUGGACAUUUUUAAAGAAGAUCUUGAAGGAGGGUGUGAACACUUCCCAAAACUGCAGGAACAGAUCCAGGGUGAGAGAGACGUUUAUCCUUAUGUUGACUUCAUAGACAAGCUGAUUGGAAACUUCAGUAAAAGGUUCAACAGCUCCAGCCUUGGGCAGCAGCUCCUCCUGCUAAUCCAGAAUCCUUUCCUCAUCAGAGAAGUCAGAGGAUUUUCGAAGGAAGUGACACAGACAUUCAAGUGGGCACAUGCAGGAUCUCUACAGCUUGAGCUCAUUGAUCUGCAAGGAAAUGCUCCAUUAAGAGAGCAUUUUGAGGCAACUGACCCUGCUACUUUCUGGCUACAGACUGUGUCUGAGAGUGUGUUCCCUGGUCUCACCAAAGUAGCACUGCACACCUUGACUAUGUUUGGAUCGACUUACAGCUUAUCCGACUCCUCGACUCCGACUCCACACCCCUGGUUUAGAGCCAACUUUUGUGAGGGCUACUUUGUUCGGAUGGACUACGAUGGUCCCUUGGGCUCACCCAGGGCUGGGUACAAGCGAGACCUCUUUGACCUCUCAAAGAUUCCACUACCUGAGAAGUACCCAAUGUGUCGCCAGCUUCAGCCUGGGAAGGAACACCACCUCCAGCAGCUUCUCCAGUACAUUCCACCGAUUAAUGCCAAGUACCUCAAGUACGCCCUUGAGAAGCAAGCUGAACUUAAAGAAGCUAAAGAAGGGCUUCGUCAAGGGAACGACCCCAAAAAUGACGAAAACCUGGACUACAAUGACGAGGAGUCGGCAGUGGAUGACCCUCAAUCCAUGCAACAGUAA